GAAAAAAUCUUGAAAGUUCACCGAAUAUAUAUAGACAUCAUUUUUAAAUAACAAAAAUUAGCGUCUUAUCAAUUUAUAUCAAUUUAUUAUGCGAUACAUUUACGAUUGUUCAUUUAAACGUGAUAUGUAACUUGCAACGUAUCGAAUAAAAUUCGUUUGAAAAAUAUAGUCGAAACAAUGACGUUCGGGAAAAGGUAAAUAAACUUCAAGACACCAUAGACAAACCCCUUCUCCCGGUGCAUGAAUUCACAAUCAGCUGGACUGUCGUUGGGCUUUCCCGCUUGCUUUAGCCUUUCCUGCGAGCCUGUUCAGUCGUACACUUUCUAUUCUAUACAUCGGACCCUUCGUCGACACGGAUAUAUUCAAUUCUAAAGUUGUACAGAUUAUAAACAAAAGUUAAUCAUCGAAUCAAUAAUAGAAUAAGUUGGAUAUCAAAUAUAUUCGGGAAGCACCUGUUAAAACAAUCAUGAGUGAAAAUGGAAAAUCUUAUUUAAUAUUGCGUCUAGACGAAGACAAAGACAAUUUGUAAAAAUGAACGGAAUUCGAAGUCGAUUAUUUAUUUAAGUUCAAGAUUUUCAUGGAUCGUUGAAAUGUGCGAACGAUUGUGUUUAUCUAACAAACGUGCAAAUAUAUUUUCGAGGGAAUAUUUGACGAAUAAAAACUUGUCGAUCAUGACCGACAAUGAGCCCGAAAUAAACAACGUUUGUUUACGUAAGGAAGGACAAUGGAAAACGAGAACAAAUCAUUCGACCUCUUCGUCCAAUUCGAACUCUUCGAAUUCGUUUAUUUAUGUAGCCGUGGAAGAAGUAUCGGCAGUAUCGGAAUGGGAGUCGGUGACGAAGGACGCGAUCACGGAGAGUAUUCGAGUUAACAGUGUUUCGCAAAAAUACUGCAGUUCUAAAAGUAAAGAUUCGUGGUAUUUGAAACUGAAACGUGAGAUAUUGAAGAGUCUACGGAAUAAGAUUUAUCCGGUUGCUAUAGCUGGUCUACAGUAAGGGGAGAGUUUACAAAGGUUCGGAAAUGCGAGCGGAAAAGCAUGUAAUUCUCUCGCAUAGAAAUGUUCUGGUGUGGAUGAGUCAUCCCGGUAAACGAUAGUCUCUGAUAUAAGUACUACAAGUUCAGGGCCGAAGGUAGGAAGCAAAGACGUUCAAUUUUUAAGAACUUAUAAUUUUGUGUUUGUUGUUGUUACGUUCGUCUUUGUCUUUUUCAACCAAGCGAAGUUUUUAUUUAUUAAAUUAGUCACUUGUAACUUUUACGUUAUUUCUACACAUACGUUUCUUGAAAGGAAAUGAAAGUGAUUGUUUCUUUUCAUGAGGUAAAUGUACUAUUUUUUCGACCCUGCAUGAAGAUAAAAAGACACGUUCACGCGCGUGUGUGCAUGACACGCUGUUGCGCGGCACGCGUGUAAUGGACUUCCUGUGUCCAUCGGACCUGAACGCACCGGGGUCCACGCUCCGUGAUUCGACUUGUCCUAUCUACUUUCCUGAAAACACAGGAACGUGAUACACGGUCUUCUGGAUUAUUUAUUUAUUUAUUUAUUUUUAUCAUUUUUUAAGAUCGUUGGUAAUGCUAAAAUAAUUGAAAGAUUCGUAUCUAUUUAAUCUAAAAUUUCAAUCUUCGUUUUAUCUUUCGUCACGAGAUUUGAUUGAAAUUUUUCAGCGGCUACAACUCGAUCUUUUUUCAUGUUUACAGAGAAAAUUAUAUAACGU